AUGCCGACAAUCUUCCCAAAUAAUCUAUAUCGCCUCCGGCAAGCAUUCGGGAUCAAACUCACGCCGUCGGCGUCGGUCGUGCAGAUUGCAGCCUCGGCCGGCUUCGACACACUCUUCAUCGACCUCGAGCAUUCGACCUUGUCCGUCAGCGAUGCCAGCCAGCUUUGCACGACGGGUCUGUUGGCAGGGAUAACUCCGUUCGUGAGAGUCCCGUAUCAAUGCGGUGACGGAUUCGUCCAGAAGGUCUUGGACGGAGGAGCCAUGGGCGUCAUUUUCCCCCAUGUGAGCACGAGAGCUGAGGCCGAAUCCGCCGUCUCCAUAUCGAAAUACCCGCCAGUCGGAAAACGUUCGAUGACCGGGCAACUCCCCCAGUUCGCAUACGCGGCCCAGCCACACUCCGUCGUGAUCUCCGAAUCCAACGACCUGGGCUCGACCGUCAUCGUCAUGAUCGAAACCCAGGAGGCUCUGGAAAACCUCGACGCCAUCGCCUCCGUCCCAGGCGUCGACGUGCUCCUCGUCGGGUCCAAUGACUUGUCCAUCGAGCUCGGCAUUCCCUCGCAGUUUGACAGCCCGGUGUACAAGGCCGCGAUGGAGAAAGUGAGUCAGGCGUGCAAGAAGCACGGCAAGAUCAUGGGACUGGGCGGGGUUUACGACAAUCCCACGAUCCACGGCUGGGCGGUGCAUGACUUGGGCGUGGGUUAUAUCCUGGGCGGCCAGGAUUCGAGUUUCAUUGCAAAAGGAGCAAAGGCUUGUGCUGAUGCGUUGGUGAAAGUGGAGAAGAAACAAUCCUGA